AUGUCGGGCGCAAAGGUGCACAUCAAGGACGCUUCUGGGGGUUCCAGAUUCAAGCAUCUGACGUUCAAAGAGCGACUGGCUCGCGUGUCCGUCGACAUCUUCCAUGUCUCGGCGGCUGAGCUCGCCCAAUCGGCGGCCGAGAAGCCGACCGAUGGAGUGUCCGACUCUUUUCUGCAAGCGCGGCUGCAUGAACUGUAUGAUCUCAAUCUGACGGUCGAGUUCAAGGCCUUUUUCCGCAACUUUGAGCCGUCAACCCGCUCGCUCCCGCUUGUCCUCCAUCAUGCGCCGGAGAUUAUCGAUGCGCUCCUGGAGCAAAUCGCUCGCCACAACGAGCUCAACAUGCAAGCCUUUGUCUCGAUGCUUGUAGCGCUUGCCCGUGAUGUGCAAGGAGAGUUUAUGCCGCAUCUCGACCGGACAAUCAAGACCCUGCUCGACGCCGCCAGCGCACAGCUUGGCAUUGCUUCCGGCAACGUCGGCGCCGCCAACAUCCUCGAGAUCGUCUUUACCGCCAUCACCUUCCUGUACAAGUUCUUGCUCCCGUAUGUUCUCCCUCGGCUGGACGAGCAGUUCCGCAUCAUCAUGCCGUUUCUCCUCCAUCCGGCCCAGUACAUGGCAGACUUUGCCUCGCAGACCUUUGGCUACCUCCUCCGCAAGGUCAAGCUGACCAAGCUGACCAAGACACUGACCAAGCUGUUCAAGGUUGUCGAGGCCGACGGCACGACCGACAUCGGCACCGCCCUCGCCUUUGGCAACUUUGUCUUUGUCUCGGUCCGUGGCGUCGACGGCCACUUCCACUCGCGGACCACGCCCGUCCUUGGCUCUCUCUUUGCCAUUCUCGUCGACGCACCCGACGACGCUGCUGAGGUCUUCCGCUUUGCCGUUCUCUCCAAGACUGUCGCCACCCUCGCUUUUCACGCCAACAAGAACGUCCGCCUCCUCACCGAGCUCUGGACGGCCCUCCAUGGCUUUGCCCGCGACUCGUGGGAGACGCCCGUUGUCUGCUCGCGCGUCCUCGCCCUCAUCGCCUCGCUCCUCGAGCACUGCCGCGGGCAUCUGCCCGCUAACUCCAAGGCGGUGUUCAAGGCUGCACUUACCCUUGCCGUUGACGUCCUCGAACGGCCAGACCCCACGCCGCAAUUCAACGAGACCGCCGUCGCCCUAGCCCUCGCCACCCUCGAGCACGCAUCGGCGAGCAUCCUCGCAGUCGCCGCGCCCAACCUCCGCUCGCUGCUCUUCUCAUCAGCUGUCACUACCGAGAUCCUGCGUGCUGUCGCCCUGCGCGUCGCUUCUUACCCGGCCUUUGUCGCCGUCCACAAGCCUCAUCUCAUCACCAAAAUCGUGGACCUCUGCGCCCGUCAUACCGAGCUCUCGCCUCACCGCCUUGCCAUGUUCAACACCAUUGUUGCGCUGCAGAACGCCGACCGUGCCCUCGCCCACCCGCACGAGCGCUCCGAGCCGUACGCCCUCCCCGACGCGCCGAGCGAUCCACCGUCGCGCUCAGACACCCACAUCGUCUCCAGCGAGCUCUUUGCCAUUGUCACCAGCUCGGUCGUCGCCGCCCUCGACGCCGAAGACGAGCCUAUGUUGCGGGCGAGCCUCGCCGCGCUCCAGCACGUCUCAGUCGAGUCUCCUAUGACCUCUCGCCCCUCGACCAAGAAAAAGGCCAAGAGCAAGAAAAAGGCCAAGAAGAAGGCCGAGUCUGCCGGCGACCCGUGCCUGGACAAUGCUAUCAGCACGCUUGCUGGUGCCGUCGAGGCCGCUGUGGCCGCCGGCAUCGAUGCGAGCGUGCCCGCUGCAUUUGAUGCUCUCGGUGUCGCCGGCGCUGCGGCCCACACCCUUGCCAUUGUUCUCGUCAACGCCUACGGGACUGGCGGAAGCCACGCCGACGGCACCAUCCCUGCCCCGGCCGCCGAUCUUGCCGUCGCCUGCUACGACGCCGGCCUCUCUGCCAUCCGCUCCAUCGGCUCGGCCGCCAUGGACCGCACCAAGCCGCUCGCCCCACUUGCUGAACUUUUCCGCGGCAUGAACGCGCUCGCUGCGGUUGUCUUUGAUGCCCGCCCUGAGCACGCAUCCGUCGCGCAGCUCGAGGUCGUGCUCCCGCUUCUCAUUCCGGCCUUUGCCUCGCCAUCGGUCGUCAUCCGAUCGGCCUCGCUCCACUGGGCAUCGAUGUUUGAGCAGGCUGAGAGCCUUGAUGUCAACAACCCUGAUGCCAACGGCGAACCGUCCCGGACAGGCGCCCCAGUCACGCUCUUCAACGACCUUGUCCAGCUCACCCUCUUGCCGUGUGUCCAAGGUGUGUCGAUGCUGAUGCGCGAGCUCGAGACCGGCCUCAACCGCGUCUCGUCGCUUCACCUCCACGGCAUCCUCCCGCAGCUCUACGCCCAUGUCCUGCCGGCCUUUAUGCUCGGCCUGCUCCACACCAAGUUCUCGCCGGUGUGGGACAUGGUCAAGACGCGGCUGGCCGACAUUGCGCUCGCCGCGCCUCCGCUGCCGGCUCUCGACGUCGAGCCCGACCGCGACGUGGUCGACAAGCGCAAUCGCGCCCACUUUCGCGACAACAUCUGGCCAGUCUUUGUCACCCACUUUGAAAUCUACGCCAAGCGCUCGUCGCUUGACGUGCUCAACCACGUGACUGUCGCCGUCACCGCUGCCAAGCAGCGCCUCGCCAGCCACCAGGCGCUCGUCAGCUCGCUCGGCAAGCACCCCAUCUGGCUUCCGUCGUUCCUCUUUGACAUGCGCAAGGCGACCGCUGCCGCCGCCUGGUCUGCCGACGUCCUCCGCGAGUCGUCGAUUGUCGACGUCGACGACGUUGUCGUCACGCCCGGCACCGUCGUCUUCCGCGCCCUCGUCAACAUUGCCCAUGCCUUUGGCAACUUUGCCGAGACGGUGGCUACGCCGCUGUUUGAGCAGUUCUUCGCCUUUCUCGACACCGACUACCAGGUCAUCGUUGCGCACAAGGCCAACCCCCGGUUCGCCACCGCCGCCGCUGGCACGACCGACAAUGAUGAUGGAGGGAAGAUCGACAGUGAGGCCAACGACGAGGACGACGACAAGGACGACAACGAUGACGAAGAUGAGAAGACCUUGUCCAAGGACGCGCCGCGCCGAUCCCGGCGCGACCCGAACCGCCGCAUUGGCCGCGGCUCGGCCGUCCGUCAGCUCCUUCUCUACCUGAAGCUUAUCGGGUCGUUCCGCGACGCUUCCGCCUUUUAUGGGCGCGAGCGGGUCAAGGCACUGAGCCUCGACCUUGUGUCGCACGCCAAUGCCGAGGUCCAGCUUGCCGCCUUUGAAGUCUACAUGCUCUUCCGCGACCCGGUUGUGGUGCCGUACGCCGAGCGCAUCCGGCAGAUCCUCGACCCGAACUCGUUCCGAGCCGGCAUCACUGCGUUCUCGCCGCAGAGCCACGCAGCCGAGGCACACAUCGACGGCCUCUCGGCCUUUCUCGUCCGCUGCCUCAUGCCGUACCUUUUCCGCAAGCUGCAGGGAGGUGGCAAGCGGACCCGCCACGGUCGGCGGCCGGCGGUCCUCGCUUACGUCGGUGCUAUGCGGCCGGCCGCGGCUCAGUACAUGGUGGCUCGGCUGCUGGCGCCGAUCCAGAGCCUGGUCGACGCCUUUAGCGUCACCGAUGUGGGCGCGAGCCACAACGACGCCGACGCAGCCGCACGCAUUGUGGCCGCCGUCGAGGCUGUAAGCUUUGCCAAGAUCCAGUCGGCGCUCUAUCUUGUCCCAGAGCUGGUGCAGCACCUCUCGACACACCUCGAGCCGCAGGCCCGCGAGCUCAUUGGUCUCGCCAUGAUCAUGGCGCGGUACGUGACCAUCAAGCGCGGCAUGUUUGACACCGAGACCAAGAAGCACGCUCGCCGGUCGUUCCAGGACAUCGAGCGGGCGGCGCUCAAGUCUCUGGCCCUUCUCUACGACCACUUUUACGCGGAGCCAGCCGAGUGGGCGACUGCUGUCGAGAGUGGCCACCCGCUCCACGCCGAGAUGGUGGCCUUCCUCCAGGGCUCACACGAGCGGCUGGCGGGCAUGUCCGAGGACUCGCUGGAUGGACUCUCCAUGUGGCUGCGGUUUGUGUGCCACACGCUCGCGCCGUCGCACAAGCUCGCGCGCUUCCUCUCUGUGGGCUCGACGCGCGACGCCCUGCUCGACAUCAUUGCUCUCCGCAACAAGCCUUCGCCAGACGCUGACCACGCGGUCGUCAGCAUUCUCAACGCCCUUGCCAAGCAUCGCCUUUUGGACAUCUUCCCCAAGCUCGCGCGCAAGAUCGAGUCCAAGCCUGCUGGUCAGCACCUGCCAUGGAUGCGGCAGUGGGUUGAGGCGUCGGACAUCGACGUGGCGGCAGCCGAGGCUGGCGCCAGCUCUCGCAGCUGGGUCUCCGACCUUGUUCAGCCCAUCGGCAGCGUGCUCCUCGAGCGCGUCGUCGCCAUCCUCGGCGAGGCGUCGAACAAGCUGACCAAGAUGGCGACCGAGUUCAUCCUCGUCCUUGUCGACUUUGCCGAUCUGGUGGCGUCGUCGGCGUCCUCGGCCAAAAUCUACAUCGACCGGGUCACGCCGUUCCUGCACUCGACGGCGAAGACGUUUGUCCAGGUCGCGGCGCCGCUCACCCGCGUCCUCCGCAUCCUCGCACCGACCAUCGAACACAACAUGGACGAGACCAUGUGGUCGCUCGGGGUUGUCUUUGGCCGCAUGCCUGAUGCGACAGCGUCGACGGCCCGAGCCAACGUCCUCGCCGCCAUGCGGACUUGGGCCGCUGCCGGCCUGGUCAGCAACAGCGAGGUUGUCGGCGCGGCGCUGAAGCGGCUCGCCGCUCUCCAGGCGGUGACCAAAAACUCGCAAGGCCAGCUCGAGCCCGACUUUGAGGUGCGGCUUGCAGGGUACGAUGCACUUUCUCAGCCUGAUGUGGUGGUGAGCCUCUCAACCGCUGUCGCGCUCCGCGCGCUCUUGCACCAGGCACUGGCGGACCUCCGCGGCUCGACCUGGACCGACCGCGGGCUCUCACAGGCCGGAUACUUUUUCGUCAAGGCUGUGAUCAAGGCCGGCGUCUCGGCCGACGCGCCGCUAGUGGAGGCGUGGCUCGAGCGCGACGACGCGCCGGCCAAGCUCCGACUGGUGCACGUCAUCCGCGACACCGUCGGCCAGUCACUGCUUGCCAUCAUCCGCACUCCGCCCUCGCCCGCAGUGAGCGACCUCGCGGUCCGGCUCAUCCGGGCUUAUGUGCGGCGGAGUGACAAGUUUCUGUCCGGCGCCGCCAUGCUGACAUCAGACGACUCCGAGAAGGAUGUGCUGCUGGGACUUGCGGCGACUGCGAUGUGGCGGGUCAAGGCUGCCAUAGCCCGCAUCGACGAGAUGGCUGAUGAACUCCCAUCGCAUGUCGCCGUCGAGCUGGUCAUUCCGCUCCUCCGGCCGCACAUCAUGGUGGGGUCGGAGGAAGGGGCCAAGGCUGGCGUCGCCGACUCGGCCUCGCAGCUCCGGGCCACACUGGUGAGCAAGCUCAACUGGGCGGGCUACCUUGCGCAGCUCAACGCGGCGAUCAAGGACGUCGACGCUCAUAUCGAGAUCCGCCGCCGACUCGUCGAGGUUGUCGUCCGCCAGCUCGAGCACUUUAAGUUUGACCUUGUGGCCAACGAGGCGCAGCGAUCGGUGGUGGUCGACUCGAUCCUCCCGCGGCUCUACGCCAUGCUCAUGGAUUCAGGUCGUGCCUCCGGAACGGUCCGGACCAACGUCGCCAACAUCAUUGUGUACCUGCUGCGGUGCCUGCCGCGGUCGGACAUGGAGGCCGCCCUGCCGCAGCUCAUCAUCCGUGUUGUCAACCAGCUCAAGCACCACGAGUCCAAGCACCGCGACCGCGCGCGUAAGACGCUCAUUGUCAUUGCGCUUGCGCUCGGACCGGACUACUUUCGGUACAUUGUGCGCGAGAUGCGGGCCACACUGCAGCGGGGCAUGCAGCGGCACGUUCUUGCGUUUACGGCGACCCAGAUUCUGGGCAUUCUCGCCCGUGCGACCGAGGACGAGGACGUUGCCGCGGAAGGUGAGGAUGACGCGGCGCGCCCGUCAAAGCGCUCCAAGCUCGGCUCGGGUAAGGCCAAAACCAGGGCUUUGGGUGGUGCCGCAGCUGGGCGGACGCGACAGCGCAAGACGCGGUCAAGCAGCCCGGGAUCGAGCGAGUCGGGCUCGAGCUCAGACUCGGGCUCGGACUCGGGCUCGAGCUCAGCCUCGGGCUCGAGCUCAGACUCGGACGCCGGCUCGGACUCGCUCGAGGACGAGGACAUGCUGUCGAGCAUGCGGCCGCUGAUCGCCAAGGACACUCGGUUCACCGAAGGCUCGAUCGACUACUGCAUGGGCGAGAUUGUGGAGAUGCUGCUGGAGAGCGAGUUUGGCAGUGUGGCGGAGGAGAAGGAAAUCGGUGCGCUGACACGCAAGUCGAUUGAGGCGCGGUUCCGCGGCGGAAGCAAGGCAUUUGAGUACAUUGGGCGGCUGGUCAGCCUUGGCGAUGGUACGUGGCAGGACGACGUGGUGGGCAAAAUGAGGGCGAAGCUUGGCGAGCUGCGGUCGCGGCGCAAGGCAGACCACAUCAGCAAGUGCAUGCGGUACCUCGCGCGCGGCGUGGCGGGCAACAACUCGUUUGAGCCGCUGGCGGUGCUGAGCUUCCUGUUUCGGCUCGGUGAGGAGGAGCUCGCCAUGGAGCGCAAGAACGAGCAGGAUCGCAAGAAGAAGCGGUCGUCGCUGGCGUCGACGUCGAUGAUGGAGGCCGAGGUGUCGAACAAGGCGGCUGUGCUCGCGGCCCAGGAGGCUGCGCGCAAGCGGUUCCUCAUCGAGCCGGAGCCGAACCGGCGGCGCGGUGACGGAGUGGCAGUCAACGACAGUGGGCGGUCGCGCGUCUUUACGCCGGGCAACCAGCCGAUGAUGGUCCACUUUGUGCUGUACACGGUGCUCAACCUGAUGAACAGCGGCCUGCUCGAGGUGGAAACGCUCGACGACCUGCAGCGGCUCGACCCGUUUGUGAAGGUGUUUGUCAAGGCAAUGAGCAACAAGUCGACCGACGUGCGGCGAGUGGCGCUGACCGGGAUGCGGCGGCUGCUGCGGCUUGCGCGGUCGGACCAGGCGACGGCGGUGCUUGCCGAGGCCAUCGACGCAUCCGAGGUCGGCGACGAAGAGGAGGUGGGCGCGAACGAGACCAGCGAGCACGAUGCUGCCGAGCACCGGCAGCGUGUGCGGGUGCUCAUUGCGCUCCCGUCGCUGGACAGGGCGUUCCCGAACCUGCUCCGCAAGGCGGCCGAGGUGAUUAUGGGCGCUGGUCCGAAGGAGGGUGUGGCAGUUGCAGCUGCGCUGCAGCUGAUGGCUGAGGUUGUGGCGCUGCAGACCAAGUCGCGGAUGUCUGCCAAGCAGCUAGAGGUCAUUGUCUCACUCAUCCGUGAGAGCGUGCUGACCCGCGCCGGCGGAACGCGCAAGACCGAGGACAAGAUAGCGGCCAAGACGCGGCGGUUUGCGGCGAUGCGACUGCUGGAUGUGGUGCUGAGCAACCGGUACGUCUCGCCGUCGCUGUACGACCUGAUGACGCCACUCUCGCAGCUCAUGGUCAAGACGCAGUCGCAGGCGGUCUCGUCGCGGGUGUCCAAGAUCUUGGGCAGCUUCCUCAUGUACUACCCGCUCGGCGCCAAACUCCUUGAGCGGCAUGUCUCGUUCUUCCUCAAGAACCUCGGGUUCGACUUUGAGUCUGGCCGGCGGGCGCUGCUCGUCAUGCUGCAGAAGGUCAUUCGUCAGUUCCCGGGCGACGUCAUCAACAAGCUCGGCUCACUGAUGUUCCUUCCGCUUGCGGCGCGGCUGAUCAACGAGCCAUCGCGGGCGACCAUGCCGCUGGUUGGCAGCGUGGUCGAGUUGCUGCUGGAACGGCUGGACGCGGCAAACCUGCAGCGGGUGUUUAGCUACGCCGAGACGUGGUGUGGGCAGACCGAGAAGCGUGAGAGCCUGGGCCGACUCGGCUUCCAGAUUUUUGGCAUGCUUGCAAACCGUGUCGGUGCCGAGGCCUUUAUCUCGCGGGAAAAGGGCAAGUGGUGGAAGUCGUUUGUGGCGGCCGUCGACGCGUUUGUGCCUGCGGUCGACGACGAUGCUGCGGCGUCGAACCUGGUUGCAGACUGGAUGCUCGACUCGUGGCAGGUGGUGUACCAGCUGCUUCACGCAGUGUUUAAGAUUGUGCGCGGCGUGCCGUACUCGCGGAGCCACGUGCACAAUUCUGCCAUGGUGGGCCGGAUGUGGCAGCUCGCAGUCGAGCUGCUGAUGGCCUCGUCGCACUCGUGGGUCCGCCUCCAGUGCAUGCAGCUGGUUGGAGUGUACUUUGCGCGUGCGCGCGAGGUGGGACACAAGGCCGGCACGGCGUCGCUGGUGAUGCUGAGCUCGCAUGACGCGCUGCGCAAGCUUGCGAAGGUUCACAUCGUCCAGAUCGACACGCCCGGGCAGCUAGUCUCUGACCCGUUCGCCCACCAGCUCAUCAAGAACCUGCUGUUCAUCAUCAAGUGGGAGAGUUCGCUUGAAUCGCCGCCGCAGCGCGGCAUGCCAGUCACGACCUGGAUCCUCAAGCGUGUCUCGUGGUCGGCGCGGACGGAGCAGGGCGAGGGCCGCCGGUCGACAGCGGUGCGGACGUUUGCGCUCAAGCUCUUUGCCGCUUUCCUGGGUGAGUACCCGUUGCUCGAAGACAGCGUCGGCGAGGACGUACGGAUUCUCGCCGUGGGAGGGAGCAGCUACGCCGGCGAGGUCAAGCCUGCCGACGAGGAGCGUGUGGUGGCGUGGAUCGACGAGAUCAAGCAGGCCAUGGCGACGACCAAGACGCACACGAGCGGUGCCGGCGACGACGACGAGAGCGACGACGAGAGCGAGCCUGGUGCAGGGAGCAGUGCCGACACCUCGGAGCUCAUUCCGGCCGAGUACCUUGCGCCGAUGCUGCACGCCAUGUACAACAUGGUCGAGGCCAAGCGGCAGGUCUACAAGUCGCGCAAGCACACCGAGGAGGAGCGCGAGGCUGUGGCAGACAUGGUCGACCUUGUCCACGAGGUCCUCAAGUUCUUCAAGCAGCGGACCGGGACGCUGCGAUACACACGGGUUUGGGCCGCGGUCCGCGAACACAUCACCGGCGUCCGGUCUGAGCGCCGCGAGAAGAUGGCCCACCUUGCCGAGACGCUUCCAGAGGUUGUCGCCCGGCGGCGUCGGGCCAGCGACAAGCGCAGCCGUAAGCGCAAGCGUGUGCGCAAGCCCAAGGACGACGAUGGCGAGUACACCACUGAGAUCAACACCAAGCUGUACAAGAAGCGCAAGUUCCACGACUGA